AUGAUUGCCCCAAAUCGCUAUCGAUAUGUUGUGGUAUUUUUGGGAUUCGCAUGCCUCACUUCUAUUCUUUCCAAUUAUACUAUCAUUAACUUUACAUUUAUCUGUAUGAAAGAUGAUCCACGAGGAAUUACACAAUUGGAUAACGGCACGACGUAUAAUCGCUACGACUAUUCUGUGAAUGAGAAAAGUGCCAUUGUUUGGGCCGUCGCAAUCGGCACAAUCGUCGGCACUGGUCCCAUCAACUACGCGUAUGUUCGAUUCGGCGCGCGAUGGCCGUUCUUCAUUUCUGGAAUCGUGUCAGCGGUGGCGACGAUUCUAACGCCUCUCACAGCAUACCUUGGAAUUCCCUACUUAUUAGUUAUCCGAUUUGUCCAAGGUCUCUCAUAUUCGGCCGAUUUUGCCGCAAUUGGCAUCAUUUGUGUUCGCUGGGCUCCUUUGGCUCAAACAGGGCUGUUCAUUUCGAUUCUAACCAGUUUCAGUCCUGCAUCUACAGUAGUCACGAAUGCCGCUUCAGGAUGGUUGUGCAAAUCUGCAUUUGGAUGGCCAUCGGCCUUCUAUGUGCACGGCGUCAUAGGAAUAUUCGCAUUCGUUCUCUGGAUCUUCCUAUACACCGAUGAUCCACAAAAUAGUGCGAAAGUGUCGACAAAAGAGUUGUCGAAAAUUCAAGAGGGAAAGACAAAAGCUCACAUUGAACGAGACUCAUUUGUCCCAUAUUGGGAAAUCUGCAAGAAUCCAGUGAUAAUUUGCGUAUGGAUGAAUGCGUUCUUCGAAAUGACAACGCUAAUUCUCCUGCUAACCUACUCACCAAUCUAUUUUCGAAAAGUCUUGGAUUUCAGUGUGUUGGAAACAGGUAUGCUAAUCUCGAUGACAGCCGUCGCCCAUGUUCCAACCAAACUUUUCACCGGAUGGCUGUCCGACAAAAACUUCUGCUCCGAACGUGUCCGAAUGUGGUUCUUCAAUAGUUCGUCGGUGGGACUCGCCGGAUUUAUGUGUAUGCUGCUCGCUUAUAUUCCGCAAACGUGGAAAUACUCAAAUGUCGCAAUGUUUUGCCUCGUCUACACAUUGAUGGGAACGAAUUGCGGCGGAUUCUACAAAUGCGGAACAUUUGCGGCAAGGCAAUACGCUCAUUUCGUAUUGGCAAUGAUCCAAUUCACCAAAUGCAUCGCCCUGUUCGUUGCUCCCGCCACAGUAUCUCUGUUCGUCAGCGAUGAGUCGUCGCACAAACAAUGGGGCUACGUCUACAUUCUCAACGGCGGUCUCAUGUUUCUUGCAAAUCUUCUAUUUAUUCCGAUGGCAACCGAAAAACCCCAGGAAUUCACCUUCAUUACAAGAAACACAAAAAGGACAGUCACGCAAAGCGCGUCACCUUCCUAA